AUGCUUCAAUGGCUAAACAUGAAUGGCACAAACAAAUUUCUACCAUUUUUGGGAAUGAUCAUAGCUGUUUUAGCACAAAGUGGAAGCUUGGUGGUAAUUAAACUUGCAACAACAAAUGGAAUUAACAAAUAUGUAAUGGUUGUUUAUUCCAUGGCACUUUCCACCAUCUUGCUUCUUCCCUUAGCUUUCUUUAACAACAGGUCACAGUGUCCUCCACUCAACUUCUCUAUACUUUCCAGCUUCUUUUUCCUUGCUCUACUAGGAACUUCAGCACAGAUAAUGAGUUAUGGAGGCAUAGAACUCAGUUCACCUACUCUUGCAUCAGCAAUGCUUAACCUCAUUCCAGCUUUCACUUUUGUGCUUGCUCUCAUUUUCAGGAUGGAAAAAAUAUAUUGGAGACAUUAUAGCAACCAAGCUAAAGUGAUAGGAACUAUAGUAUCAAUGGGUGGAGCAUUUGUUGUCAUAUUGUACAAGGGUCCACCAAUCUUCAAGAUACAUUCAUCAACUUCUUACAACUCACUUCAAUUUUCACCAAAUUUGAAAUGGAUUCUGGGAGGGUUGUUAAGUGCUGGUGAUUCUUUACUUUCAUCCAUAUGGUACAUAUAUCAGGUUUCAAUAACAAAGAAAUACCCUGCUGUAAUAGUGAUAGUCUUCUUCCAAGUAUUUUUCAUUACAAUUCAAUCUGGAGUAUUUGCUUUAAUUGUGGUUAGAGAUCCAAGUGCAUGGGAACUAAAGUUUGAUAUGGGAUUGAUUGUCAUUUUAUACCAGGCAAUAGGUGCAAUAGGAGUUCGGUACUGUUUACAAACAUGGUGCGUACAAAAAGCUGGUCCUCUUUUUUGUGCUAUGUUCAAACCAAUAGGAAUCAUCUUCACUGUUUUCUUGGGUUUUACUUUUCUUGGGGAUGAAUUUUAUCUUGGGAGUUUGAUUGGUGCGAUUAUAAUUGUGGUAGGAUUUUAUGCUGUGCAAUGGGGGAAAGCUUCAGAAGAGAAAGUUGAGAGAGGGAUCGAAAACUUGGAAAUACGAUGCAGCGUUGUUCCACUGUUACAAAACAAAGAAUAA